AUGGCGGACCGCCGUCCCAAUGCGAAGGCGCGGCCACGGAUAAAGGUGACAUGGUGGCUAAGAAUGAAAUGUCGACUGCUACGCCAGACUUCGCCGCUUAGAAUUCGUGGGAGCCUCACCGGAUACCAGAUCCAGCAGAUCCGGAUCCUAUUCGCUAUGCAAUACUCGCUUGUAUUACUGAGGCAUUGCAUUGGCGUGCGUAGGAAUGGAAAGCAUAUUCAUCGCCAGCAUGGAAGUGAUCCAUACCCACCCUAUGACCCUCUGUUCAUGCCAUCAUGGGUGAGAGACGUACCAGCUGUGACUACUAGCUACCUCCGCUCAGUAAUGCCAGAGAGCAAGCUUGACUCCGACGGCCGACUAGUCCUGAUAGAUGGUGAGAACGAGAUAUUUCGAAAGAGAAAUAUCAUUGCGUCGGAGUACAGGUUCUACACCAUUUAA